CUGCGUUACGAGGUGGCCAUUUUAUACAUUACCUAAUCAAGGGUUGCCUAGGAAAGCGGUUUCAUUGUCUGGUUGAAAGCCAGGAAAUUAUCAUAUAGAGAUUGUCAAAUGGCAUUAAAACGAAUUAAUAAGGAAUUGCAAGAUCUGGGUAGGGAUCCACCAGCACAAUGCUCAGCAGGGCCUGUUGGAGACGAUUUAUUCCAUUGGCAGGCUACAAUCAUGGGGCCACCUGACAGUCCGUACCAAGGAGGGGUAUUCUUUUUAACAAUUCACUUCCCCACAGAUUAUCCCUUCAAACCUCCAAAGGUUGCAUUCACAACCAGAAUUUAUCACCCAAAUAUAAAUAGUAAUGGUAGCAUUUGCUUGGAUAUUUUGAGAUCACAAUGGUCUCCAGCUCUUACAAUUUCUAAAGUUCUUUUGUCCAUCUGCUCUCUGUUGUGCGACCCAAACCCGGAUGAUCCAUUAGUGCCAGAAAUAGCUAGGAUAUACAAGACGGAUAGGGAAAAAUACAAUGAACUUGCAAGGGAAUGGACGCGCAAGUACGCCAUGUGAUGCCCUCGACCUCCAUCAGCGGCCCAGCUUAUCCAAAAUCAGCUGUCCAUUCUACAUUUUCUAAAGAGAAAUAGAGAAACAAAAAAUAAAUAACAGAACAAGAACAACAAUGAAAUCAGACAACUUAAGGGACUUCCUGACACUGGUGUUCUGUAAUUCUGGCCGUUGCUAAUUAUUCAACUCCAAACUCUGCAUCUUUGUAUUAAAGAGAUAUUUCGUGAAAAAGAAAAGAACUUUGUUCAAUAGUUUGUUGUCUCUCCCUUUGAAUUAUUUGCACAUACACUUGGUGGUUUUUAAUAAUGGAAAAAGUACGUAAGAUUUUUUCGAUGGUGUGAAGUAGGUGUACUUUUUAUAAUGUGAGCUUUAAAAACAAAAUAGUAACUCGAACUGUUUAAUCUGAGCAUGCAAGCAAGGGUUGGGGUAUUUGCUGGGAUGGAAUGCAACUUUUGUCCGGUCACAGGAAGUUCCUGAAACCCUCAAAACGUUUUCCCUCAGUCACUGUUAUCUCGUCCACCCAGAAGACCAGUCCUUUUCAUGUCUGUGUAUUCUAAUUGGACACUUAUAGCUGCAAGCUAAAUCACGCUCUUUCCCUGCUUUAUUACACUGCCAACCAUGUUUUGAACCCAUCUGGUUAUGGUAUGGCAUUCCCCACCCUUUGUCCCUACCCUUCUCUGUGAGUGCUAGGAUAGACUCGUGUAUAAUAUGGGAGGUUAUUUGCGUGCUUCGAAUAAUAAUUUAAGAGGGGGAAGUGAAGGAAGACACCAGGUUUGAACGUCAAAGAAAAGGGACCUUAUGAUUUUUUCUCUCAUUGUAUAUUUUUCUCCCUCAUUAUUUUUUCAAGUGAAACUUGUGUAAUACUAUUUGUGUAACUUGUUAAUAAACAUUGAAUAAUGUACGGUCCGAAUAGUUAUUCUGUCGGGUUUAUAAAUGUCCGAUUUACACUUCAAAUUUUUUUGUUCCUGCUGAGGUUCCAGUCUUUUAUAGUGAUUUUAUGAGGUGACCCUUAAUGACUGAAAAAUCAGCAUUUAUUGGGAGGCAUCCCUGAAGUGUCGGGUUCGAUUUAUUAUUUCAUGUUGGGAUUGUUUCUCAGAAUAGUGCAAUGCUUUGGUGGCGUGCAGUUUUUCCAGUUCCCAGAGUAUACUGCGUAAUAAAUCAAGACAUAGUAGAAUGGUGUGGGUCUGUACUAAAAGUUGAAAGAGAAUUUUUAACAAGUGAUAUUGCUCAAAUCGCAAAGGGUAUUUCUGUAUGAAGUUUUGCUGUGUGCUGGGCAAGGCAUUACUUGUAAUAUUGUUAGGAUUCUGUUUUAUGUUGGUUACAUUACUGAAUUGAGAUGUCAUAAUGAUUUGAUUGAUUGUAGUAAUUUAAUUUAGAUAUUUACAAAUUUUAAAUACAUUUCUUUGAUCCUCAGCAAGUAAUGAAGCUGUGAAUGAGAUUUGUUUUCUAUCUUUUUUUAUUUAGAAUUUUUCAUUAUGUGAACAUCUGCAGGUUUGUCCUCUUCCUCAUUCAGAUAGCAGGUAACAUUUUAAUUUAUUUUGGAACAAACUUCUAUUGUACAGUAUGCAGACCAUACAAAAAUAUUGAAAAUAAAACAGUGAAGGAAAGCAUCCAAGACUGGAA